AAAGCGCACACAAUUAUUUGUCCAUAACGUAAAAAUAAACUUUGAGAAAUAAACAUUAUAUGAAAUAAAAAGUGGGGAAAUAAAUAAAGGCGAACGUGAGCUAAAUUAAAAUGUUUGAAAGUAUGACGUACACGGCUCGACGGAAUAUUGUUAUUUUCGGAGGCUUCCUUAUACACCUUUGUCUAGGAAGUUUUUAUGCAUUCGGCAAUAUCAGCCCUUACAUCAUGUCUUACCUGCGAAACCGGACACAAGAGACUUGGCUAGUAAACACCCAGAACUCGUGGAUCAUGAACGCAGCCGCCAUUUCCGCGCCAAUAGGAUCCAUCACUGGAAGCUACAUAGAACGGAACCACGGCGUGAGAAUCGCUGUUGGAAUUGGGUGUGUGCUGUUUUGCUCUGGUGUACUGCUGACGUAUUUCGCAAUCCAGCGGUCGCUGUACAUAGUGGCUCUCACAUACGGGUUCAUUACCAACUUGGGAACCUUUAUGGCGUAUGGACCUCCGGUACAGAACGCUGCUAAGUGGAUGCCCGCCCGUCCAGCACUCGCCGUUGGAUUGAUUGUGGGCGGGUUUGGGCUCGGGGCGUUUGUG